AUGGAGGCGGCAGCGGCAGCAACACUUACAGCAGUGAUUAACAAAUCAGUAGAGAUAGGCGCCAAAUCAUUUGUCGAAACAGUUUCACGCUUGUAUAGAUUGAGGGAGAACAUGGAAUGGAUUGAACGACAAAUGAGACACUUCAAAUCGUGUCUCAAAGAUGCCGAGUCAAAGCAAGGUGGAAGCCAUGAAGUUGCUAACUUGAUAAUUGACAUUAGAGAUCUUGCUCUGGACAUUGAGGAUAUUUUGGACGAUUACCUUGAAGAGAUUGCAUUGCACGAGAAAAAGGGGCUGUUUCAAUUCGUUAAGCUUGCUGCUUGUAUAUUAUGUUAUGUUUUCUCUGCCAAUGACUUUGCCCAGAAAAUUGAAAGAAUCAAGAGACGGGCCCAAGAUAUUGAAGCCGCUAGAGAAAGAUGUCUUAUUACUCUUGAUAGGAAUGAAGGUAAUGCAGAUAUGGUCGUAUGGGAUCGAAGAAAAAAAUCCUUAGCAGCCCCGGAGUCAAUAUUUGUCGGCCGUAAAGAUACAUUAAAGGAACUUGAGGAAAAAUUGAGGAGCUCAAACUUGGACUGUAAAAUGAUAUGUAUUGUAGGGGAAGCAGGUGCGGGCAAGACUACUGUUGGUAAAAAAAUAUAUAAAGAAAUGCAAAAUGAUUUUACUUCUGCCUUAGUCUAUGUCUCAAAUGAGCCUAGAGUCCAAGAGCUUCUACAUGAAAUAGCAAAGCAAGUUGGCCUUGAAAAGGAAAAGAUGGAUGAAAAUUUGGAGGUCAACUUGCGUUCUCUGCCCAAUGAAAAAAGAUAUAUAGGUGGUGAAAGCUCUUUGAUUGAAUUUAAACUCUUAGAUCAAGAAGAGAGCUGGGAACUCUUCUCAGCGUUGAUCAAAUCUUCUUCGGAAACUAUGAAUGAGAGAUUUCCUUCAAUAGAAUUGGAAGCUGUCUCUAGGAACAUAGUAAAAAGAUGUGGCGGCUUGCCAUUAGCAAUUGAGGUUGCGGUGGGCAUGUUGCGGCAGAGAAGAAGAAAUAAAUAUGAAUGGAAUAAGGCGCUUUACAGCUUGAGCACUAGUUCUGAAAAUAAUUGUUCAAAAAUCUUGUCUUUGAGCUACAAAGAUUUACAUUCUGACUUGAGGCCUUUUUUUCUCUACUUUGGGCUCUUCCCCGAAGAUGAAGAAAUUUCUAGGUUUGAGUUGGUCAAGGCUUGGGUUUCGGAGAAAUUGAUCCCGGUUGACGGAAAUCGAAAUCCUGAUGACGUUGGGGCUGAUAAAUUAGAAAUGUUAAGUGACAGAAAUUUAAUCCAAGUUUCUAAGAGAAAUUUGGAUGGAAGCGUAAGAAGUUGUCGCAUUCAUGAUCUUCUACGUGUUUUUUGCAUUGAAAUGGCCAAGGAGAACAACUUCUUUUGUACAUCCCAUAAUAUACACCCUGAUUCUUUUUCAAGGCUCCGUGGACUUACCAUUGACAACACUAGUCAAUAUCCUUUUUCAAAUUCUAAAACUCCAAAAUUUCGUACCUUGUUCUGUUUCGGUAACUCAAGAGAAGAACGUUCUUUGAUUCCUAAUGAGAUAGGAGAUCUGAGCAGCUUGACUUACCUUAAUUUGAGUGGGAGAUUUGAAAGGAUGCCUGCAACCAUAAGGAAACUCAAGAAAUUGGUGACAUUGGAUAUUCAACAAGCCGAUUUUUAUUGUGAUUUGCCAAGAACUAUUUUCAAGAUGAAGCAUUUGAAGCAUUUACUCUUAGGCAAUGAUAAAAUGUUUGAGUCUAACACAUGCUCAAAUUUGAAUGUCAGAAGUGAGGUGUAUUUACCGAACAUAGAAACUUUAGAUUAUGUGUCUGGUACCAUUUUGAAAGCUAGCUCAUUACAAAAACUCUCCAACUUGAGAAAGCUGCGUUUAUAUGAGAUUAAUGACCAACAUAUAAAUGUAAUAUCUGGUAAAACACCCAUAUCGAAGAAGCUCCAAGAAUUAGAGUUGUGGUUCACUCAGAAAUUUAAGAGGUUAAACCUGUCCCACUAUGACCUUCUUGCUGAGUUGUGUCUGGCAAUUGAAUCUAAUUUUCCAUUCACGUUAGACACAAUUAAAUUCCCUCCAAAACUUAUCAACCUUGCCCUUAUGGGGAUGAAAUUCACUGAGGAUCCAAUGAAGAUACUAAAGGAACUACCCAGAUCAGAGAUCCUUACAUUGGAAUAUUGUGAAUAUGAAGGGUCAUUCACGCUGGAUUUUUCAGGAGCAAGCAGCUUUCCAGAGCUUCAAGUGUUGUCAAUUGAAGGAACAGAAAUUCCAGAAUUGAUUGUGGAUCAAACAGGGAUGCCAAAGCUUUACAAGUUUGUGUGCAACCAAGAAGACUUAAUUGUUUCCGAUAGACUACGUGAAAUAAUGGUGGAGCCUUGA